UUGCUUCUAUGUUCUUAAUGUAUAGGCUAAUAUUCACAUUAUUUUCAUGAUAUAAGUCAUAUUAUGAUUUAUAUUAUCUGAAUAGAGCAGCCAAUGUAUGUUCUGUAACAAUUUCUCAAGGUUUUGGACUGAAAUAUACAUGUUGCUCUUUGACGUUUUCAGAUAUAAAAAUAAGUGUCCUCUUGGGAAUCUCUCUCCCUGCUUGAUAAUGUUUUAUUUGAAGUGAUGCUAAUAAUUGCUGUGUGUAUAAAACCUAAUUAUGCAGUGCGUGUGUCUGUGAGCGCACAUGAUGUGUAGGCUAAAAACACCAUAGCUUGGACAUCAACCCAAGGGUGCCUUAUAUUGCUUUUGGACGUCAAACUAUUUAAUUAAAGCCAAUGGUUUUAGUAUAUUUCAUUUGUCGUAAAAUUAUGACAAAAUGCAACAUUAAAGUAUAGGGAUAUUUUGGUUGCCAUUGCAUUUGUGAGUGCGCUUCCGCGUUUAAAAUACUAUACAUUAAUAGGAAAUAUUUCCUACACUAUAGCAUUGCUUUUUUAUAAUGCGAUGCAUUCUAAGAGGUCGACUUUUGGGGUUUGGGUGGAUGUAUUGCCUUCAAGCCUUCGCACUCCUUUACGAUGUUACUGUCUGUCUCUCCCACGUGUGCCUUCUUAAUCUAACCGAGGCCAUAUUCGAUGGAUUGGUUAUGUCAAAGUGGAAUGAUGAUGAGGACUGUUAUUUGAAAGACGAUGCUGUUCGUGAAUUAGUUGUGACGGUUUAAGAUGGUUUUAAUACCCAUUUAUAGGUUGUACAUUUUAACCCACUUAUUUUGUCUUUACUCUGCCCGACAGAGUCGCAACUCCCGACAGAGAAACAGGCAUUGAUUGAGAUUGAGGCGUGUCCUUUUUGGUACCAUAUUCUUUAGGAACAACAAUGUUGUAGUUUGCCAUCCGUAGAUGAAAAUGGAUCGACUCUCGCCCUCCAUUGGCUUUUGGUCGACUUUAAAGAGGUGACGUUUUAUGAAUCAGAUAAUGACAUUUCAAAUUUGCUGCUCCUUUUGGAUAAAUACUUAUUGACGUGUUGGUUGAGUCUUUGAGACACUGACACAAUAGGCUAUAGUAGGCUAGUCUACAAACUAAUGUGUCAUUAAGAUGAAGAUGGCAUGUGUUUUUGUUUUGUGUGUCAAGAGUGGAUCAUGAAACUAGGCAUUGCUCUAUUUCCUAACCAUUGUCUUGGGUCAGUAGCCAAGCAUACACUUACAGUGAUGCUGCAAAUAUGUUGCUUUCUCACAGAAGCCUGUUUCCAAAGAAUCAAAGGAUAAUGUGAAAUCAAUAGAUAUGUGCAUUUUAUUUUCAUUGUAUAACUGCAUAUUACCAUUUUGAUUCUUCAUCUCAUAUUGUCUUCAUUAUAUGAUCAAUCAUUAUAUCUACCCUUUUAUUUGUUUAACUCAAAUGGGCCCUUGUUGAAGAAGACAUCAAAAGGGGUAACUGUAUUGAUAUUUCUGUCAUAUGAAUGUGUAAUACACUGCAGCUAUACUGAUGUGUGCACCUUAUUACUGAUCCAGUAUGCAGUAUUCCACACCUAUCAAAAUAACAGUGCCAUGGGGUCAAGCAUCAGGCUACAUUAUCCCACAUCUCUGUUAUCUGACAUACAGUGCAUUCGUAAAUUAUUCAGACCCCUUGACUUUUUCCACAUUUUGUUACGUUACAGCCUUAUUCUAAAAUUGAUUUUCCUCAUCAAUCUACACACAAUACCCCCAUAAUGACAAAGCAAAAAAAGUUUUUAGAAAUGUACAUAAAUAUCACAUUUACAUAAGUAUUCAGACCCUUUACGCAGUACUUUGUUGAAGCACCUUUUGACAACGAUUACAGCCUUGAGUCUUCUUGGGUUUGAUGCUACAAUACAUGGGUAUUUGGGGAGUUUCUCCCAUUCUUCUCUGCAGAUCCCCUCAAGGUCUGUCAGGUUGGAUGGGGAGUGUCGCUGCACAACUAUUUUCAGAUCUCUCCAGAGAUGUUCGAUUGGGUUCAAGUCUGGGCUCUGGCUGGGCCACUCAACUGCAUUCAGAGACUUGUCCCAAAGCCACUCCUGCAUUGUAUUGGCUGCAUGCUUAGGGUUGUUGUCCUGUUGGAAGGUUAUCCUUUGCCCCAGUCUGAGGUCCUGAGCACUCCAAAGCAGGUUUUUAUCAAGGAUCUCUCAUACUUUAGUCCGUUCAUCUUUCCCUCUAUCCUGACUAGUCUCCCAGUACCUGCCACUGGAAAACAUCCCCACAGCAUGAUGCUGCCACCACCAUGCUUCACCGUAGGGAUGGUGCCAGGUUUCCUCCAGAUGUGACACUUGACAUUCAGGCCAAUCUUGGUUUCAUCAGACAAGAGAAUCUUACUUCUCAUGGUCUGAGAGUCAUUAGGUGCCUUUUGGCAAACUCUAAGCGGGAUGUCAUGUGCCUUUUACUGAGGAGUGUUUUCCGUCUGGCCACUCUAUAGGGUUCUUGGUCACCUCCCUGACCAAUGCCCUUCUCCCCCCGCUCAGUUUGGCCUGGUGGCCAGCUCUAGGAAGAGUCUUUGUGGUUCCAGACUUCUUCCAUUUAAGAAUAAUGGAGGCCACUGUGUUAUUGGGGACCUUCAAUGCUGCAGAAAUGUUUUGGUACCCUUCCCCAGAUCUGUGCCUUGACACAGUCCUGUCUCGGAGCUCUACGGACAUUUCCUUCGACCUCAUGGCUUGGUUUUUGCUCUGACAUGCACUGUCAACUGUUGGACUUUAUAUAGACAGGUGUGUGCCUUUCCAAAUCAUGUCCAAUCAAUUGCAUUUACCACAGGUGGACUCCAAUCAAGUUGUAGAAAGAUCUCAAGGAUGAUCAAUGGAAACAGGAUGCACCUGAGCUCAAUUUCGAGUCUCAUAGCAAAGGGUCUGAAUACUUAUGUAAAUAAGGUAUUUCUGUUUUUCUAUUUUUAAUGCAUUUGCAAAAAAAAAUUAAAACCUGUUGUCGUUUUGUCAUUAUGGAGUAUUGUGUGUAGAUUGAUGAGAAAAAACAGUAUUUAAUACAUUUUAAAACAAGGCAAAAUGUAACAAAAUGUGGAAAAAGUUAAGGGGUCUGAAUACUUUCCGAAUGCGCUGUAGCUCUCCCUCCUGAUAUGUAAAAUGGACAUUUGUUAUUGGAUUACCCCUUUAAUGUAUUCCAUUUUCUUAAAUACAAAUGUUGUGCAAGACAAAACCCCAGUUGUUUCCAAUGGGAACCGGAGAGCUGGUUUGGGAUGCUUAGCUGUUAUUUGAUGAAUGUUUCUCUUUUCUAUAAUAUCAUGCUACACGGUAACAUCCUGUCAUGUUGAUAUAGAGGGUCCGCCCUCACAGAUGAACUUGAUUUGAACUUUAUCUGCUGAAUGUAAAGAGUAAAAAAACAACCUCCCCUUGGACUGUUGUCUCCAGGCAAGCUGCGUCAGUUAAAUUUGAUCUUCUUAGAGCCAUCCCAGAAUUUGAAGCCAGGACAAGCAUUCCAACUCCAUAAAUCUAUUAUAUUACAUAAUAACGAUUGUGUGCGGUCCACUGUAUAUCCAAAUAAGGGUGGUAUGGGGUGGUGUGAGUAGAAAUUAUAGAAGCAAAGCUACAAGUGAGCCUACAUAUUAAUUGGUUUGGACAAUGUUUAAUACUCCACUCUAUUAAGUAAUUGAGGAAUGGUUUGGCUGUUAUAAAACAUGCAGACAAGUCUUCUUUUUUUUCAACCAUGCCCAGCGCAUGCGGGGUGCAUGAUUCGUCAUAAACAGGAGAUAUACCUUUGACUAAAGGUCUUAUCAAAUCAUUUGAUAUUUUACAGUCUUUGAUUCUGUCUUUAAUGCUUCAGUCUCAGAUGAUAAUGUCAACAGUCUAAGAACACAAUGCAGUGGAAUAAAGUAAAAUAAACAAAAAUCCUGGGUCUGCAGUUUCAUAUAAAAAUGUUGCUUGACUUUACAUUGACUGACAAUUUAAAGCAACUGUAUAAAACAGGAGCUCUGUCCCACUCCUACUCCUCUGUUGUCUGCAAAUUUGUAACAGAACACAAGACAAAUCUCAAGGAAACUCAUUCAUAGUAUAACUUUGGUUUCUUUAAAACCUCUCUGGGAUAUGUGGGACGGUAGCCUCUCACCUCGUCAACAGCCAGUGAAAUUGCGGGGCGCCAAAUUCAAAACAACAGAAAUCCCAUAAUUAAAAUUCCUCAAACAUACAAGUAUUUUACACCGUUUUAAAGAUAAACUUGUUGUAAAUCCAGCCACAGUGUCCGAUUUCAAAAAGGCUUUACGACGAAAGCACACCAAAUGAUUAUGUUAGGUCAGUACCUAGUCACAGAAAAACACAGCCAUUUUUCCAGCCAAAGAGAGGAGUCACAAAAAGCAGAAAUACAGAUAAAAUUAAUCACUAACCUUUGAUGAUUUUCAUGAGAUGACACUCAUAGGACUUCAUAUUACACAAUACAUAUAUGUUUUGUUCGAUAAAGUUCAAAAAUCUCAGUUUACAUUGGCGCGUUAUGUUCAGUAGUUCCAAAACAUCCGGUGAUGAGAGCCACAUCAAUUUACAGAAGUGCUUAUAAUCAACAUUGAUAAAAGAUACAAUGGUUAUGCAUGGAAUUUUAGAUCCACUUCUCCUUAAUGCAACCGCUGUGUCAGAUUUUUUUUAAACUUUGCGGAAAAAGCACACCAUGCAAUAAUCUGAGUACAGCACUCAGACAACAAAACAAGCCAUACAUAUAUCCGCCAUGUUGUGUAGUCAACAGAAGUCAGAAAUAGCAUUAUAAAUAUUCACCUACCUUUGAUGAUCUUCAUCAGAAUGCACUCCCAGGAAUCCAAGUUCCACAAUAAAUGUUUGAUUUGUUCGAUAAAGUCCAUUUAUGUCCAAAUAUCUCCAUUUUGUUCAUGCGUUUAUUACAAACUCACGAGGCGUGGGCAAGUCCAGGCGAAAGUUCAGAUGAAAAGUCAUAUUACAGUUCGUAGAAUCAUGUCAAACGAAGUAUAGAAUCAAUCUUUAGGAUGUUUUUAUCAUAAAUCUUCAAUAAUGUUUCAACCGGAGAAUUCCUUUGUCUGUAGAAAUGCGAUGGAACGCAGCUAACUCUCACGUGAGUGCGUGUGAUCAGCUCAUGGCAGUCUGCCAGAGCUCAGCCACACCUGGCUCAUUCAGCUCUCAUUAGCCCCCACUUCACAAUAGAAGCCUCAAACUACGUUCUAAACACUGUUGACAUCUAGUGGAAGCCUUAGGAAGUGCAAUAUGACCCCAUGGACACUGUAUAUUCGAUAGGCAAUGAUUUGAAAAACUACAAACCUCAGAUUUCCCACUUCCUGGUUGGAUUUUUUUCUCCGGUUUUUGCCUGUGAUAUGAGUUAUGUUAUACUCACAGACAUAAUUCAAACUGUUUUUGAAACUUCAGAGUGUUUUCUAUCCAAAUCUACUAAUAAUAUGCAUAUAUUAGCAACUGGGCCUGAGUAGCAGGCAGUUUAUUCUGGGCACUUUAUUCAUCCAAGCUACUCAAUACUGCCGCCCAGUCCUUAAGAAGAUUUAGGUAACAUAAAGUUUCUUUGCACUAUGCAAAACAAUGUGAGUUGUUGUAUUUUUCCAGAAGUGGCAAGGAUAUUUGCAGUCUGGAAAUAUCAUCUGAAGUAACUACUUCUGUGUGUAUGUGUGUAAAAGCCUGCCAAUAGCCAAGCCCUGUCUUCUGUCAAAAGGAUUGCGCAAAUCCUGUAGUCAAGUUUAACACUGUUUUUUAAUUACCAUGCCAGCUAUUGUACACGUGAGAUCCUUUAUGAGUAUAUUAUGGUGUCUAAACAGAACAGGGAAGAAUACAGGAACCAUCACCUUAUUAGGUGUUGUUAUACAGUGUGCUGUACCCGGUUUACGUUUCAGAGAUAACCUGGCACACGUCAUGUCAAAAUGGAGCAGAAGGCUCCCAAAUACACCACAGAGAAACUUCCCUGAUUAUAUCCUGCCCCCGAUUUUAAGAAAACUAUAUUUAUAUUCACAAACAGUUCCCAUAGAGAUAUUUGAAAGUCUUUGCUGUGAUGUGAAAUGACACAGUCAUAAGCAGUUAUAAUAGGAAAUGUCCCACAUUUCCAAUGCUAUGUGGAAGUGGGACAUUAAGACAGUAAUACAUGAAAACUUAGCAUGGUCAGCCAAGCCAGUCAUCAAUCCCUUCCUUAGUCCCUGUCCAGCCACCACCCCUUACUCACAUAAUGUUUUAAGAGGGCUUCUUUCUCCUGCCUGGAAGCUGUCCCAUGAGGCUUGAUUUCCUCUGCAUGCUCAUGGCCUACUACUCUGCUCACACCCUCCCUCCCUCUUCCUAUCCUGUCAUCUGUUUCAGUUACAUGAAUAAGAGGUGCCUGUGACACAUGCAGGGCAAAGCAUUCAGCCCCAGUCCCUCACUGUGUGUGUGUGUUGUGUGUGGGGGGGGAUGUUGUAAGUGGGAAGUGGAAAUUUACAGUCCCGAAUCAGUAUCUGGAGAGUUGGUCUGCGACUGCGAGGCUGUGCCCAAUCUCCACAUAGGAUUUAAUUGUCUUUAGCUGAGGGCGGGACUCGCUGUCAGCUUCACUUCUUGUGAGCAGUGUUGGCAUAAAGACAUUCAGUACAGAGGAAUGGUGACAGCUGAGAGAGAAGCAUACUACAUAUAUCCACAGCCAUGAAGGAAAUCAUGGCACAGAAAGAGAAACUCCAAUGUCUGAAGGAUUUCCACAAGGACACGCUGAAGCCUUCGCCAGGGAAGAGCCCGGGCACACGGCCGGAGGACGAGGCAGAGGGCAAGCCAAUCCAGAGGGAGAAGUGGGCCAGCAAGCUAGACUUUAUCUUGUCCGUGGCCGGAGGCUUUGUUGGUUUAGGGAACGUGUGGCGCUUCCCGUACCUCUGCUAUAAGAAUGGUGGAGGUGCAUUUCUCAUCCCCUACACCAUCUUCCUGUUUGGUGGAGGCCUGCCGGUGUUCUUCCUGGAGGUGGCUCUGGGCCAGUAUACCUCUGAGGGAGGCAUCACCUGCUGGGAAAAACUCUGCCCCAUCUUCACUGGUAUUGGCUAUGCCUCUAUCGUGAUCGUCUCUCUCCUGAACAUCUACUACAUAGUGAUUCUAGCCUGGGGACUCUACUACCUGUUCCAGUGCUUUCAACCGGAGCUGCCCUGGGCCAAAUGCAAUCAGCCGUGGAACACAGACCGGUGUGUGGAGGACACAGUCCGCAAGAACAAGACCUUGAUGCUGGCUGCCAAUAUCACCAACUUCACCUCCCCCGUCACUGAGUUCUGGGAACGCAAUGUGCUGAGCAUCUCCUCUGGAAUUGAUGACAUCGGACCACUGAAGUGGGACCUAGCCCUGUGUCUCCUGGCAGUGUGGAUUGUCUGCUUCUUCUGCAUUUGGAAGGGAGUCAAGUCCACUGGGAAGGUGGUGUAUAUCACAGCAACUUUCCCUUUCGUCAUGCUUAUUGUGCUGCUGGUGCGUGGAGUGACUCUGCCAGGGGCGUCUGAAGGGAUCAAAUUCUAUCUCUACCCCAACCUGACCCGCCUACAGGACCCAGAGGUGUGGAUCGACGCAGGAACCCAGAUAUUCUUCUCCUACGCCAUCUGUCUGGGGGCUAUGACGUCACUAGGGAGCUACAACAAGUACAAAUACAACUGCUACAGGGACUGUUUGCUGCUGGGAGGCCUGAACAGCGGUACCAGUUUUGUGUCUGGCUUCGCAAUAUUUUCCGUCCUGGGCUUCAUGGCACAAGAGCAAGGGGUGGACAUUGCCGAUGUGGCAGAGUCAGGUCCUGGCCUGGCCUUCAUUGCCUACCCUAAGGCUGUGUCCAUGAUGCCCUAUCCCACGUUCUGGGCCAUCCUAUUCUUCAUCAUGCUUCUGCUACUGGGCCUCGACAGUCAGUUUGUGGAGGUGGAAGGACAGAUCACCUCCCUGGUCGAUCUGUAUCCAGCCGCCCUAAGGACGGGUUACCGCCGCGAGAUCUUUAUAGCUGUAAUGUGCUGCAUAAGCUAUCUUUUGGGACUUACCAUGGUAACGAAGGGUGGCAUGUAUGUGUUUCAACUCUUUGACUACUAUGCAGCCAGUGGUGUGUGCCUUUUGUGGGUUGCAUUCUUUGAAUGUAUUGCAGUAGCCUGGGUAUAUGGCGCUGAUAAUUUCUAUGAUGCAAUUGAAGACAUGAUUGGCUACCGACCAAACCCGUGGAUGAAAUGGAGCUGGACCUUUAUCACUCCUGUCCUCUGUGCGGGUUGUUUUAUCUUCUCAUUGGUGAAGUACAAGCCACUGACCUAUAACAAGGUGUAUGAGUACCCAGACUGGUCCAUCGGCCUGGGCUGGUCUCUGGCCCUGGCCUCCAUGAUCUGCAUCCCCAUGGUAAUGGUCAUCAAGAUCCUCCAGUCCGAUGGCCCGCUCAUCGAGAGGAUUAAGGCAGUGGCGGCCCCAGUAAAGGGAGGUGCGAGUUCUCGCCCCAAAGAGUACAGCAUGAAGGGCAGCGAGCUGACCCAGCCUCUGGACCCCAAUGGGAACAACGGCCUGAUCAAUCCCACCCACACCAUUGUAGAAACAAUGAUGUGAGCACUCUCUGUGAGAGGACAUGCUGAUUGACGUGCUUUCUAUGUUUUUAUCAUAUAUUUGCUAACUUUGAUAGUGGUAGAACCAGGUUUACAUUGUUCUAUAUAUCCGCACUAGGAAUAUUCUGGUUUGGUUUCUAUGACGAUGAUGAUGAUGAUGAAGAUGAAGAGAGCUACAUUAUAUAUAUUGUCGUUGAGUUGUUGUAGUUUUUUCUCUCUGUAUUUUUUUAAAUGUUGUUGUUACCGUUGUUGUCGUUGCUGUAGUGGGUGGUGAUCUCAGUUCAGGCAAUAUUUUGAGAUAGAACAUGUUGUUCUAUGUUAAUUAACUUUCUGUUCAUUGUUGAGAAUCGAGAAGGUGUUUGUUCGGAAAUACUAGAAAAAAAGUAAUUUUCACUUAUCACAAAUACAGUAAACUAAACGUGUAACAUGUUAGGUAGCAAACUAUUAAGAUAAUUUCCUCACAUUAUUGUGGCAGUAUCCUUGUCUGAGGUCAUUUUUUAUCUGUUGUCGUUGUUGUUUGUUUUGAGAUUCAACUGAAAAAAUCUUAGUUGCGCUAGUGGACGCCAGCCAGUCACAUCUGCUAGUAGAGUAGACAUCCACACCACCUGAAUGUAUAGUGACAACAUGCAGUGUAAAUAUAGAAGUUCAUACGUCCUUAAGGUUAACUAUGGCCAUGCCCAAAUACUGUACAAAAUGUUCCCGGAAGGAUCACAUGUCCGUAGGAGGGAGGCAGGAAAGGAGGUGGGGAAAAUAAGGAGGAAGUGAAGGAUAAAAGGGAAGAAGCAUUUGAAGAGUAUUUGUACAUUGCCUACAGUCUGCCCCAGUGCAUUUAUUGAAACCUCUUUGCACUUUAUACGUUGAGUUUCACCUUUAUUGUAGUGAUCUCUUAUGAUAAUGGUCCACAGGAGGCUGCUGCGGGGAGGACGGCUCAUAAUAAUGUUUGGAAUGGAAUCAACCAAAUGGAAACCAUGCUGUUAAUAUAUUUGAUAUCAUUCCAUUAAUUCGGUUCCAGCCAUUACUAUGAGCCUGUCAUCCCCAAUUAAGGUGCCACCAACCUCCUCUGUAAUGGUUGCAAGAACCUACAGUUACAUUUGCACCAUGCAUUUCAAAAGGAAAGUAUAUAGCUUCAAACCUUUUUGGUAUUGUUCACUUUGUUAUCUAUCGGUACAAACAGGAGCAUUAGACUCUCACUCACUUGCUAUAAAUAUAUCAAAUAAAGGCGGAACAUUUCCAUCAAACAUUCUGUUUCUUUAGGAAUAAACCUGUGAGAGUUGUGAGAACCAUAACUUGAUUGGAGUAAAAAAUGUAACCUUAACAAAAUGUUUUUUCUAAAAAUGUGAAAUAAUAGGUUUUUUUCGCCAGUGCACUCAUUUUAAUAGCAGCGAUGGUCACUAAAUAUCUGUAUCAUAUGAAUCUACCACCAGACUCUGGAUUUUAUCAUGUUCAUUUUAGGCAAUUGUAUUUUAGUAUUUUACUUGUUUGUAUUUUAGUAUUUUUAUUGUUUGUGAAUCACAUAUGCCUUUUUGUAUUAACCAUUUUAUACUGUACAUCAUAUGAACAUUGUCACUGAUGAGGACUGAUGUUUUCUGAAUACAGUCAGCAAUUUGUAUUUUAAUGUUAAAUGUUAUGAGCCUGAAUGAAUAUUUGCAGCGUGUAAUAUUCGUCAAAGAAAUGGCCUUUACCACUCAAAUGAUUUGAUUUCAAUUUGAAAACAGAUGUAAAAAUACAAAAAUUGAUAUGUGACCAACAUAAAAAAUAUGAAUGUUUAAAGUUCAAGUGAGAUUAUUUUACCCAAUGCAUGUACAUGAACAUCCACAGUACAGUGCUUGGUCAGAAAGAUUACUAGUCCAGAGCGCGAUAAAUAAACCCUGUUGGAAAAUCAAGUGUACCAAAGUAUUUUUGUCUAACGUCUGUCCUUCUUUAAGAUGCUCAUUGCAUCAUCUCUUCCUAGAUUGAAAAUAAACUUAUUUUUCUUUA